AAUAAAAAUAUAUUAAAUAUAAAUAGAGUGCUAUAAAUAUAGUGAUAAAAUAAUUUUUAAGAAGAUUUUAAUAAAACAAUUUUUAAGGAAAUAAAAUUGUGUAAGUUGAAUACGUGGUUUUAAACUUAACCUCAAAGUGAAAAUAAAAGAUGGGUCACCGUAAAAAGGGACGUUGUGUUAAACGAAAUAAACAAUUAAAUACAGAAGAAAAGGAAGAAUUAGUGAAAGCUCCUCACUCAUUUGUAAUUCAUCGUGGUCUACCAGGAGAACAUAUAAUAGAAUUAACUAAGGAUUUUCGUAGAAUUAUGGAACCAUUUACUGCUAGUUCAUUAAAAGCUAGAAAACGUAAUAGUAUUAAAGAUUUUGUAUCGGUUGCCGGUGUAUUACACGUUAGUCAUUUAUGUAUUUUUACUAGAACAGAACUUGGGAUGUAUCUUAAACUCUGCAGAUUACCCAGAGGGCCGACGCUCACUUUUAAAGUACAUAAUUUCUCAUUAUCCAAAGAUGUGGUAUCUACAUUAAAAAAACAAAUGGUAUUUGAGGAAGCUUUUAAGAAUUCUCCUUUAAUUGUAUUAAAUAAUUUUAGCGGAGAGGGUAUGCAAUUAAAAUUAAUAGCUUCAAUGUUUCAAAACAUGUUCCCAACUAUAAAUUUAACUAAUGUUGAUUUAAGUACAAUUCGUCGUUGCGUAUGCUUAAAUUAUAAUACGACUACAAAAACAAUUGAUUUUAGACAUUAUGCUAUUAAAGUUGUACCCGUUGGUUUAUCAAAAAGUGUUAGAAAAUUAGUUAGAGCUAAAAUACCGAAUCUUUCGAAAUGUCAAGACUUUUCAGAAUUUUUGACAAAAUCGACAGUAUCCGAAAGCGAAGCAGAAGACGAUCCUAAUAGUCACGUUACGUUAUCGCAAAAAUUAUCAUCUCGAGGAAAUCAUGAAAAUACUACUAGUGCUAUUAGACUUUCUGAAUUAGGACCAAGAAUUACGUUACAAUUAAUGAAAGUAGAAGGUGGACUUCUCGAUGGUGAGGUUUUAUUUCACGAGUUUAUUCAUAAAACUGAAGAGGAAAAGCUUCAGAUACAAAAGAAACGGGAGGAGAAGAAAAAGCUUAAAGAAAAAAGGAAAAAGAUACAAGAGGAAAAUAAAAAGAAGAAAGAAUUGAAUAGAGAAGAACAUAAAGAAAAAUCAUUAAAAGGAAUGCAAAAGAAGAAAAAAAUUGCAGAAGAAUCUAUUGAAGAAGGUGUUGUAGAAGAAGAUGAUGAUGCUCAAUAUUAUCGAGAAGAAGUAGGAGAAGAACCUGAGAAGGAAUUAUUUGAAGGAAAAGCUGGUCAAAAGAGGCGACAUAAGUUUAUACCAAGGUAUAAAACAAAAAAAUUAAAAAGAAAUAUAUCUGAAAAUGGGACAAAUGAAUAACAAAAAUUUUUUAUGAAAUCCAUAUAAAAAAUAAUAUAGAGAGAACUGCAAUUGUUAUUUAAAUGUAACUACAUCGUUUAUUUGAUAAGCCUAUUUCAUAGACAAUUCAUUAUUUCAUUUUGCAAUAUUAAACUACAUAUAUUUUUAUAAAAUCACAAACGCGUGAAAUAACAUGAUGUUACAAAAGUGUACGAUAUAAAUUUCUUGAAGUUACAAUUGAUUGCAUUGAAACUUAUGUCUCCUGUUUUAUAUUAAUAUUUCUUGUAAAUUGAUUUAUAUAGCAUAAACAAUAUAGUGACGGAUGUGACAAUAUUGUCCGAUCAUAAUAAUACAAUUUAUAAAACAUAUUGACCAUAAAAACAAAUUGAUCAUUAGUUUUGAAGAAAAAAACAGAAACACGAUUUUACUUGAGUUUGCCAAUUCAAAUUUUCUAUGGCAUAUUAGAAAUAUGUUAUCCGAAUAUUUGUACUUGUUUUUUUUUUCUUUUUUUUACAUAGAAACAUGUCAUUUUAAACGAACUAGAUUAUGCUUUCAUCUCUGGACUGAAUGUCUAUAUUCUUAAUUAUAAAGAACAGACACAAUCCAUUCUUUGCAACCUACAUUUUCACUUUUAAUACUUUCCUAGUGUAAAAUACCCUAAUUUUCAUCUAAUAUAUAAUCAGAAGCAAUCUUCUACAAUGCUUUUGUUUGAUAACUGUUUAGUCUCUAAUAAAGACUAAACAUAGCAUUAUUCUUACUGUUAUGAUAUAUUUUAUAGGCACUGCCCUCUUUUACAUAUAAAUCCCUACAUGUUUUUUGAUUUUUUUUUGUUUUUUUUUGUGUUUUUUUUUUUUUUUUUUUUUUAUAUAAGUUUUCAAUGUUUUUAAACAUUUCAAAAUAAAAAUCAAUUAUUAAUUAGUUAUUUCCUAAAUCGUAAAUAUAUUAGGAAUAUAACUAUUGUCUAUAUGGACGGUUUAAGUAAACGUUACGAUGGUUUUUCCAUGUCCCAUCUAUCACAUUAUAAAAACUUUUUGAUCUAAUAAUACGUGUAUAUAAGUAUAUAAAUUAAAAAAAAAAAAAUGUAAUAAUAUAAAUAAUGCUAUAAAAAUCUUAAUUUUAGCGCACAUUAAUAGCAUAUUGUAAAUUCUAAUAUAUCCUGAACUUAUGACAAACACACACAUAUAUAUAUAUAUAUAUACUUUUUAAAAACAGUUGUUUUGUAAUGCAAUAUUU